UGCUACUUUUACAUGGACAAGAGAGCUGACUUAGGAUCAACAAACUCAGGUGUGAUGGGAGCUGUAGGAAUACCUCUUACCGCACACUGCGUUGUUUUGUUUCUCCUCCAGAUGGUAGCACUGAGUUCAGAACAAUUCACUGUGAAUGGCUUAGAGAGUCCAGUCUUGGUUCCAUUGGAUGGAAACCUAGAACUCAGUUGUCAGUUGUCUCCACCACAGCAAGCAAAACACAUGGAAAUUCGCUGGUUCAAGAAUCGCUAUUCAGAGCCAGUAUACCUGUAUAGAAAUGGUAAAGACCUUUUUGGAGAAAUUGUCUACAAGUAUGUAGAGAGAACUGAACUCCUGAAAGAUGACAUCGGGAAAGGGAAAGUAACCCUCAGGAUCUUUAAAGUAACUAGUGUUGACAGUGGGUCCUACCACUGCUUCUUCAAAGAUGGCAAGUUCUAUGAAGAGCAUAUCAUAGACGUCAAGGUCACAGCUACAAGCUCAGACAUACAGAUUCUUAUGCAUCCCCCAAAUAUCAAAGGUGUGAGGUUGGAGUGUCAUUCAGGCGGUUGGUUCCCACAGCCUCACAUGGAAUGGAGAGAUAGCAAAGGAGAGUACAUUCCAGCUACAUCAAAAUCCCAUUCACAGGAUGAAAAUGAAUUUUUCAACAUGACAAUGGACCUUUUUAUUAAAUCCAACUCUCACUGGAGUGCAACCUGCUAUAUUCAAAACUUUGUAACUCACCAAGAAGAAAGCAUAAGUAUUGUCCUACCAGGUGUGUGGGAUUCAUGGUGUCCUGCUUGGAUAAUGAUUACUUUGCUGAUUGUCAUCCACAUGACUUACUAUAUUAAAUUAUACCGCACAUAUGCGACAAAAGAGAUGCUUUUGAAAAGUAUUCAAUCAAGUUCUCAAAGUUCCACUGUGGAUACAGAGAAAAAAGAGUGGCUGUUGAAAAGUAUUCAAUCAAGGAUUCAAAGUUCCAGUGUGGAUGCAGAGAAAAAAGAGUGGCUGUUGAAAUUUAUUCAAUCAAGUAUUCAAAGUUCCAGUGUGGAUCUAGAAAAAAAAGAGUGGCUGUUGAAAAGCAUUCAAUCAAGUAUUCAAAGUGCCAUUGUGGAUCGAGGAACAAAAGAGUGGCUGUUGGAAAGCAUUCAAUCAAGUAUUCUAAGUUCCAUUGUGGAUCAAGGGACAAAAGUGUUGCUGUUGAAAAGUAUUCAAUCAAGCAUUCAAAGUUCCACUCUGGAUAUAGAAACAAAGGAGUUGCUGUUGAAAAGCAUUCAAUCAAGUAUUCAAAGUUCCAUUAUGGAUCUAGGAACAAAAGAGUUGCUGUUGAAAAUAAUUCAAUCGAGUAUUCAAAGUUCCAGUGUGGAUCUAGGAACAAAAGAGUUGCUGUUGAAAAUAAUUCAAUCGAGUAUUCAAAGUUCCACUGUGGAUCUAGGAACAAAAGAGUUGCUGUUGAAAAUAAUUCAAUCGAGUAUUCAAAGUUCCAGUGUGGAUCUAGGAACAAAAGAGUUGCUGUUGAAAAUAAUUCAAUCGAGUAUUCAAAGUUCCACUGUGGAUCUAGGAACAAAAGAGUUGCUGUUGAAAAUAAUUCAAUCGAGUAUUCAAAGUUCCAGUGUGGAUCUAGGAGCAAAAAUGGGGCUGUUGGAAAGCAUUUUGUCAAGUAUUCAAAGUUCCAAUGUGGAUCUAGAGACAAAAGUGUUGCUGUUGAAAAGUAUUCAAUCAAGUAUUCAAAGUUCCACUGUGUAUCUAGGAAUAAAACAAUGGCUGUUGGAAAGAAUUGAAUCAAUUAUUCAAAGUUCCAGUGUGUAUCUAGAUACAAAAGAGUUGCUGUUGAAAAUUAUUCAAUCAAGUAUUGAAAGUUACAGUGUGGAUCUAGGGAACAAAGAGUUUCUGUUGAAAAUUAUUCUAUCAAGUAUCCAAAGUUCCAGUGUGGAUCUAGGGACAAAAGAGUUGCUGGUGAAAUUUUUUCAAUCAAAUAUUCAAAGUUCCAGUGUGAUUCCAGGGACAAAAAAGUUGCUGGUGAAAAUUAUUCAAUCAAGUCUUCAAAGUUCCAGUGUGGAUCUAGGGACAAAAAAGGUGUUGUUGGAUAUUAUUCAAACAAGUAUUCAAAACUCCAAUGUGCAUACAGAGAGAAAAGGGUUGCUGUUGAAAAUUAUUCAAUCAAGUGUUCAAAGUUCCAGUGUGGAUCAAGGGACAAAAGAGAUGCUGUUGGAAAUUAUUCAAUCAAGUAUUCAAAAUUCCAGUGUGAAUCAAUGGACAAAAGAUUUGCUGCUGAAAAUUAUUCAAUCAAUUAUUCAAAGUUCCAGUGUGGAUCUAGGGACAAAAGGGUUCCUUUUGAAAAUUAUUCAAUCAAGUAUUCAAAGUUCCAGUGUGGAUAUAGGGACCAAAUCCAUGCUGUUGAAAAAAACAGGAUUGAUUUUGAAGAGUUCCAUUGUGAAUCCAGGGACAGAGUUGCUGUUUCAACUAAUUGAAUCAAUUCGUCAUAGUUCCAGUGUGAAUUCAGAGACAAAAAAGAUGCUGUCUGAAAUAACUCAAUCAACUGUUCAAAGUUCCAGUGUGAAUCCAGUGACAGAAGAGAUGAUAGAGGAGAAAUAUCAAUUGCUUCUUCAAAGUUCCAGUGUGAAUCUAGAAGCAGAAAAUAUACUGAAUGUUACAACCCAAUGGAUUCUUCAAAUUUCCAGUGUGAAUCAAGGAAAAGAAAUGUUGCUCUUGGAUAAAAUUCAGCAGAUUCUUCAAAUUUCAAGUGUGAAUCCAGAAACAAAAGAUUUGUUGUUGGAAAAAAUUGAGUUGAUUCUUCAAAAUCCCGGUGUGCAUCAAGAGACAAAAGAUUUGCUGUUGGAAAGAAUUCAGCUGAUCCUUCAAAAUUCAAGUGUGCAAAAAGAGACAAAAUAUUUGCUGUUGGAAAGAAUUCGGUCGAUCCUUCAAAGUUCGUGUGUGCAAAAAGAGACAAAAGAUUUGCUGUUGGAAAGAAUUCAGUCACUCCUUCAAAGUUCGUGUGUUCAAAAAGAGACAAAAGAUUUGUUGUUGGAAAAAAUUCAGUUGAUUCUUCAAAAUUCCACUGUGCAUCAAGAAACAAAAGAUUUGUUGUUGGAAAGAAUUCAGUUGUUUCUUCAAAAUUCCACUGUGGAUCAAGAGACAAGUUAUUUACUCCUGAAAAGAAUUCAGUUGAUUCUUCAAAGUUCCAGUGUGAAAAAAGAGACAAAAGAGUUCGUGUUGUAUAUAAUUGAGUCGAUUCUUCACAGUUCCAGUGUGCAUCAAGAGACGAAAGAUUUGCUGUUCGACAGAGUUCAGUUGAUUCUUGAAAGUUCCAGUGUGCAGCAAGGGUUGAAAUGUUUGCUGUUGAACAUGAUUCAGGUGAUUUUUCAAAGGACAAGUGUGCAAAAAGAGAUGAAAGAUUUGCUAUUCAACAGAAUUCCGUUGAUUCUUGAAAGUUCCAGUGUGCAGCAAGAGACAAAAGAUAAGCUGUUGGACAUAAUUCAGUCGAUUCUUCAAAGGACCAGUGUACAAGAAGAGACAAAAGAUAAGCUGUUGGACAUAAUUCAGUCGAUUCUUCAAAGAAGCAGUGUGCAAAAAGAUACGAUAGAUACGCUGUUGGACAGAAUUCAGUUGAUUCUUCAAAGAACCAGUGUGCAAAAAGAGAUGAAAGACUUCCUGCUGGACAGAAUUAAGUCAAUUCUUGAAAGUUUCAGUGUGCAUCAAGAGACGAAAAAAUUGCUGUUGAACAGAAUUAUGUCGAUUCUUGAAAGUUCCACUGUGCAUCAAGAAACGAAAAAAUUGCUGUUGGAGAGAAUUCAGUCGAUUCUUGAAAGUUCCAGUGUGCAGCAAGAGACAAAAAAAUUGCUGUUGGACAGAAUUCAUUCGAUUCUUAAAAGUUCCAGUGUGCAAAAAGAGACAAAAAACUUGCUGUUGGACAGAAUUCAUUCGAUUCUUAAAAGUUCCAGUGUGCAAAAAGAGUCCUGCAAUAAGAGAAAUCCUUUUUGGAAAAAGUAUGCAUUGGACCUCGGAAUUUCAGUGUUCACAAUUAUAGUAGUCACUCUCAUUAUGCAUUUAAAACAAAGAGAAGCAGACCAACAUUUUGAACUGAAUACUUUGUGGUCAAAAGAUACUAGUGUGAUCCUGUGUGUGCUGAUCAUGUUUAACAACAGGCUCAAGGCAUUGAUAUACUUCAGACUGUAUGGAUUUUCACCUCCAGGUAAAGCACAUAAGUACAUAGUAAACUACAUAUUAAGAUUCUCACAUCCCGUCUUUUGCAUUGUCUACUCUGCAACAAUCCUUUAUAUGUAUCUGCAAAUACAGAACAAAGAUUCCUUAUUUUCCUUGUAUAAUAGCUGGAUGGUAGAAAUGGAAAUGGUUCUAAUAUUUCUGCUCGUAAUUUUCAAUGUUAAAAACAUUGCAACUGUAUUGUUAUACUUUGACAGUACAACUCUACGACUAUUCUUCUGGAUUAAAGGCUAGCUCAGACCUGUCUUGCCAAAGCAGGCUAGCCCACUUAGGGUGGAGUCUUCCAACCUA